ACAAGCUUCUAUUUUAUUGAUUAGCUAGGCAUGGCUUUUAGUGAACAAAAACUAUUACUAUUCGUCAUUGUUGUAGUUGGGAUUUCCCAAGUGUUGUCCCGAAAACUCAAUGAUGAAGAAUCCAAUACUAUUAUGCUAGAAAGGCAUGAGCAAUGGAUGACUAAAUAUGGCAAAGUUUAUAAAGAUGAUGAGGAGAAGCAAGAACGGUUCUUGAUAUUCAAGAAGAAUGUAGAAUACAUUGAAUCCUUCAAUGCUGCUGGGGACAAGUCUUAUAAACUUGGUAUUAACCACUUAACUGACAAAACCACUAAGGAGCUUAAGGCUUACCUAAAUGGAUUCAAGAGGCCACUGAGGGUAUCAUCAACACCAUCAACAUUUAAGUAUGCAAAUGUUGAUUCCAUUCCUUCAUCCAUAGAUUGGAGGACUAAAGGAGCUGUUACUAAUGUUAAGGACCAAGGCGAUUGUGGAAGUUGCUGGGCAUUUUCAGCGGUGGCGGCGGUGGAGGGCAUCCACGCCUUAACCACGGGACAACUGGUGUCACUUUCCGAGCAACAAGUGGUGAGUUGUGACAUACACGGUAGGGAUAUGGGAUGUAGCGGCGGUUACAUGGAAGGUGCAUUUCAAUACAUUUGGAAAAACGGCGGAAUCAACAGCGACGCAAACUACCCUUACAACGCAACAGACAGUGUAUGCAAUGCAACGGAAGAAGCCUCCGUAGUUGCUCAGAUCAAAGGCUACGAGAUGGUUCCGGCGAACAACGAGACCGAGCUCAUGAAAGCUCUGGCUAACCAACCCAUAGCGGUUGCCAUUGAAGCAGAUAGUAUGUUCUCUUACGAAAGUGGUGUUUAUGAUGGACCCUGUGGAAUUGAGCUUGACCAUGGUGUUCUAGCCGUUGGUUAUGGUACUGAGAAUGGAACUGAUUAUUGGAUUAUUAAGAAUUCAUGGGGUACUGAAUGGGGUGAGAAUGGAUACAUUAGGAUGAAGCGAGGUAUUGGUGCUGGUCUUGGUUUGUGUGGAAUCGCCAUGGAUGCUUCUUAUCCCACUGCUUAAUUAAAAGAGUUACCUACCAUAUGUGUUUAUGUGUAACUAAUUUCCAUGGAAUAAUUAUCAUUAUAUGUGCGCUUUUUCAACUGGUGGAAAAUAAAUUUAUUUAAUAAUCAAUGAAU